AUCAAGAGAAAAGACAAGACCAGACGUUCAAAGUAAACAUGUUUACCCUGCUUCUGAUAUCAGGUUUUAUCAGCUUCACCUUGAGUGUCCCUCGUCAUUAUGUCUUUGUGAAUGAAUCCAAGACUUGGACAGAAGCUCAGAGAUACUGUAGAGAUAAAUACACUGAUCUGGCCACUAUUGAAAAUGAACAACAAACAAACCAGUUAAUCAACACAGUUAAAGAUGAUUCCAUUGAUUUGGCCUGGAUUGGACUCUAUGAUGAUCUGAACAGCUGGAAAUGGACUCUAGAGGACAGUGAUUUCCUUAACAUGGGAGAGAAAGACUUCAGGAACUGGUUUAUUGAACAAGAGAAUUAUGGAGGACAAUUCAUGUAUGUGUAUAUGAACAGGGGGAUGUGGUAUAAAACAAGCUUGUAUAUGGAACUUCCAUUUAUCUGCUAUGACGGAAGAGCAAAUGCUAGUACAAGUUAUGUGUUUGUUUCCCAGUACAAAACCUGGACUGAAGCUCAGAGUUACUGCAGAGAACAUCACACAGACCUCGUCAGUAUCAGGAAUGAGACUGAAAACUACAGGGUUCAGUCAUUAAUACAAAAUGAUUAUUAUUAUUAUUAUAAUUAUUAUUAUUAUUAUUAUUAUUAUAAUUCAUUAGCUUGGAUUGGACUGUACAGAACCAGAUCUUGGUCAGAUCAGAGCAACUCUUCAUUCAGUAACUGGGGGACAGGACAGCCAGAUACUGCAGGAUUUUGUACUGUAGUUUUAUUCAGUGACUCUGGGAAAUGGACAGAUGAAUACUGCUUUUCUAGAUUUCCUUUCAUUUGCUACAGUGUGUCAUCUUUGACAUCAUCCCGUCAGUAUCACUUUGUGUCUGAAUCCAAGACCUGGUUUGAAGCUCAGAGAUUCUGCAGACAGAAUUACACUGAUCUGGCCACCAUUGAUAACAUGGAGGAAAUGAACAGACUGAUUAACACAGUUAAUGGGAGUUACAGCGGCUCAGCCUGGAUUGGACUAUAUGAUGAUGUGCUGAAGAACAGCUGGGGAUGGUCAUUGGAAGACAAUGAUUUCUAUCAGGAAGGAGAGAGAGAUUUCAGGAACUGGUAUCAUGAACCGGACAACAGUGGUGGGAAAGAACUGUGUGUUUCCAUGGAUUAUAAUGGAAAAUGGUAUGAUAUAUCAUGUGACAACACGCUGCCAUUUGUUUGCUAUGAUGGUAGCGCAAAUGCCACACAGAAUUACAUCAACAUAUAUGAUGAGAAAACCUGGUCAGAGGCUCGUAGAUACUGCAGAGAGCAUUACACAGAUCUUGCCAAUGUGAGAAAUCAGACUGAGAACCAGAUGAUCUUUGAGAGAACAGGUGGAGGUGUCUGGAUUGGACUGUACAGAAACAGGGUUUGGUCUGACCAACAAAUUACCAAUUAUGAAAACUGGAAACCAGGCAUUCCUUAUUCACCAGAGCAGCCAGAUAAUGGUCUAUAUGAUUAUGGGCAGAGGGGUUCUCAGCACUGUUCUGCUGUUUCACUCAAAGAUUCUGGCCGAUGGACCGACGAGAACUGCUUUUCCAGCAUCCCUUUCUUCUGCCAUAACAGAACCUGCACACAAUCUUCAUGCACCCACAAAUACCACUUUGUGCCUGAGAAUAAGACCUGGUUUGAAGCUCAGAGAUUCUGCAGACAGAAUUACACUGAUCUGGCCACCAUUGAUAACAUGGAGGAAAUGAACAGACUGAUUAACACAGUUAGUGGGAGUUACAAUGGUUUAGCCUGGAUUGGACUGUAUGAUGAUGUGAACAGCUGGAGAUGGUCUCUAGAUGAUGCAGCAGCAUUAGAGGGAGGAUUUAAAAGCUGGUAUGUUCAGAGACCAGUGAACUCAGGUGGACAGAGAUUGUGUGUGAUUAUGUACACAUACUAUGGUUUAUGGUAUGAAGCUCUAUGCUCCAACUUGAAUCACUUUAUUUGCUAUGAUGGAAGAGAAAAUGUCAGUACAAAAUAUGUGUAUGUUAACCAAUCAAAAACCUGGACUGAGGCUCAGAGUUACUGCAGAGAGCAUCACACAGACCUCGUCAGCAUCAGGAAUGAGAAUGAAAACCAUAAGAUCCAGUAUUUGUUCAAGAAUGAAUUUAAUUCCGUUUGGAUUGGACUGUACAGAACCAGAUCUUGGUCAGAUCAGAGCAACUCUUCAUUCAGUAACUGGAGGGCAGGACAGCCAGAUAAUGCUGGAAACAGUGAAUCCUGCACUGUAGUGUCAUUCAGUGACUCUGGGAGCUGGACAGAUGAAAACUGUAAUACUACAUUACCUUUCGUUUGCUACAGUGUGUCAUCUUUGACAUCAUCCCGUCAGUAUCACUUUGUUUCUGAGAAUAUGACCUGGACUGAAGCUCAGAGAUUCUGCAGACAGAAUUACACUGAUCUGGCCACCAUUGAUAACAUGGAGGAAAUGAACAGUCUGAUCAACACAGUUAAUGGGAGUUACAGCGGCUCAGCCUGGAUUGGACUGUAUGAUGAUGUGAACAGCUGGAGAUGGUCAUUGGAGGAUAAUGAUUUCUAUCAGGAAGGAGAGAGAGAUUUUAGGAACUGGUAUCAUGAACCGAACAAUGAUGGGGGGAAAGAACUGUGUGUUUCCAUGGAUUAUAAUGGAAACUGGUUUGAUUCAUCAUGUGACAAUACUUUUAAAUUUGUUUGCUCUGAUGGACGAGAAAACACCUCUCAGAAGUAUGUCUGGGUAUCUGAGGGAAGGAGCUGGACUGAAGCUCAGAGCUACUGCAGAGAGAAAUACACUGACCUGGCCAGUGUGAGAAAUGAGACAGAGCAUCGACAGAUACUGAGCCUCUCACUUGGACAUACUGUAUGGAUUGGUCUGCACAGAAACAGACUGUGGUCAGAUCAGAGCAACUCUUCUUUCACAUAUUGGAGACAAAUGGUCCGUGGUGAAGUUGCACAGCCAGAUAAUGGUUUGAACACACCAGAAAAGACUACUCAACACUGCACAGCUGUGUCUUUACAACAGUUUGGCCAGUGGACAGAUGAACAAUGCUCAGACAGUUUGCCUUUCUUCUGCUAUAGUGGUUAUACGGUGGGGUUGAGAGUGAAAUUCACAAGUGUGGAAAGUUUGUCAAAGUCUCAAAUUGAAGAUUUGGUGGUUAUAAAACUCCAGGAAGAAUUCAUGAAACAGGGACUUCCCAGCAACUUCAGCAUGCAUUUGAGGAACUAUCGAAAAAUCAGUCCAUGAGAGACAAGGACAGCAUUCCUGCACAUACAGAUAAUGGUUUUAGGUUUCAGUUAUUGAAGUUUAAUGAACUUCCUCUAAGAUUUGCAGUGCAGAAAAGUAUGAUUUGACCAAUUUCUGUAAUUUUCUGGAAUAGAAUUUUGAUCUUAAUUUUAAACAAUGCAGGGUUUUGUUUUGUUUUUCUUUUCUUUUUUUUCUUUGAUGAGCAUUAAUUUUUGUAAGCAUUCACAAUGAUUUGUUAAAUAUAGGCCUGGUUUCACAGACAGGGCUUAGGCUAAGCCAUGAUUAAACCUUAUUUCAAUUAGGAUAUUUAAGUAGCUUUUAGGCAAGGCAAUUUUAUUUGUAUAGCACAUUUCAAACACAAUGGUAAUUCAAAGUGCUUUACAUAAAGAAGAACCAAAUACAUAAUAAAAAUGGAACACAUAAGAAAUAUAAACAGAAUUCCGCUAUCUGGAUAUCCAUCAGAGCGGAUCUAAAUGGAUUUUCCUCAUGCAGAGUGAUAACUCAACUUAUCUAAACGGAUCUAUCCAUCAGAGCAGAUCUAAAUGGAUCUUCCUCACGCAGAUUGAUAACUAUUUAUAUUUGUCAGGUAGCUGUGUGUUUAAACAGUACCCUUACAGACAAAUCUUCUUGGACUAACUCUAUCCAGAGCUCCAUCCAAGGAUAACUCUAUACUCAACUUUGUUGUCCGUCAGAGCGGAUCUAAACGGAUCUAUCCAUCAAAGCGGAUCUAUCUUCCUCAUUCAGAGGGAUAACUGUAAAAAUAUGAACGCACCCUAGAAAAAAAACAUUACUGGUGUUCAUCUUGAGACGAAACAAUGGCACUGACAUAUUUUAAGAUAUGUCAGUGCAAGUUGCUGUCAGUUAAAACUGUUCAAACAUGCAUUUUAGUCUAGGACUAGCUUAAGCCUUGUCUGUGAAACCGGGGGAUAGUGUAAUAAACUUCAAAAUAAGCUAAUGUGUAUAUGUGCAUUAAAGUCUGCAAAUCUUAUAUAUUCAUUGUGAGGACUACCUUAGGAGUUGGGGGCAUUUUGUGGAAGGGGGGCACUUUUAUUUAAAUACAAAUACCUCUGUAAUCUUUAAUAACAUUACACUUAUUUACAUUUCAUGUCUCCUAUAAAUGAUAUAGUUUUUUGAGUUCUGGUCUUUUCAUCAUUUGUCUGAUUCUUUAUUUCUGAAUUUGUCCAUAGUAAUGGUGGUUGGGAGUUUUCACUGAUUUUCUGCAGAUUGUAUUAUGUCAGCAAUUAUGAAAAUCACUAAUUAAAUCAAUAAUGAA